UCAAAGUAGUCCCUGCCAACAAAGUUCAUAUAUAUCGAACCGAGUUCGCUAUAAAUAAAUCGAAACAAAGCGGAAGAGGCUGCUGCAGCGGCGACAGCAUCUGUUUAUCAUUGGAAAUAAACAAAUAAAAACCGAGAGGAGAAUCAUAACAAAAGCAUAAAAGACAAAGGCGGUGGAUUUUGAACCCCUCCUUUGGGGGUUGCAGUUCCGGCCGCCAAGUAGUCCCGUCUAGCCCGACUAUGUUAUACCCUGCGUUCUGAAAAAAACAAAAAAAAAACAUCCAAAAUGCCCUGCGACAACUCCAAAACCUCGUCGGAUAUCGAGCCAGUGGAUUGGAAUUCCGGUCAGCAUUAUGCAAAUGUCAGAUUUGGUUCUGGCAGCAGUCAGGCCUCCCAAAACAGCGGCGACAUCUGCCGCAUCUGCCACUGCGAGAGCGAUCCCCAGAAUCCGCUCCUCACGCCCUGCUACUGCUCCGGCAGCCUGAAGUACGUCCACCAGGCAUGCCUCCAGCAAUGGCUCACCGCCUCCGAGACGAACUCCUGCGAGCUGUGCAAGUUCCCCUUCAUCAUGCACACCAAGAUCAAGCCCUUCAACGAGUGGCGCAGCCUUGACAUUUCCGGCAUUGAGAGGCGACGACUGUGCUGUUCGGUUUUGUUCCACUGUGCGGCUGCCCUGUGCGUCAUCUGGUCACUGUGUGUGCUCAUCGAACGGGCCGCCGACGAUGUCCAGCGGGGUCUGAUAGAUUGGCCCUUUUGGACGAAACUGGCUGUGGUCACCGUGGGCCUGACUGGCGGCAUUGUCUUUAUGUACAUUCAGUGCAAGGCCUAUCUGCAUCUCUGCCAUCGCUGGAAGGCAAGGAAUAGAAUCCUACUGAUUCAGAAUGCACCGGAAAAGAUACAUCCUAUUCCGCCUUCGCCGGUGGCUGCUCAUCAUCAGCACUUCAGCGAACCGCUGGCCCAUUCCGGUGCUGCCAGUGGAGCGGUGGAGAUCAAUGUGGGCGCCGGACCUGGGGGACAGGAUGUCGGUUGUUCGGCUCUGGACAGCGGAUUGGGAACUGGGUUGCAGCAGCAGAUGCAGCAACGACUGUUGAAUGCCUCGCCGCACCACAUGCUGCAACUGGCCGCCGAGUUAGAGAUGCCACACAGUAGCAGCAGUGCCUGUACGCAGACGGAGGACGGACAUGGCCACCAGCGACUCCAGCAGAUGCCACAGGGCGGCCAGCAACUGGGCCAGGUGGCUGUGGCCGCCAAUAUCGAGUGUUCCCAGUCGCAGCACAACUACGAUCGAGACUGGGCGCUCGACGAUGUCGUUUCGCAGAUCUCUUCUUUCCGACCCUGUCCCCAGGGCUCGGGCAGCAUGACGCCCUUCCACGACUCCAUCCACAAUGUCCUGGAGCACUCGGAGGGCUCUAGUCGCGGCUCGGCCACGGAUCUGUGUGCCGGCUCUCGGCAGGAUCUCAGUGCCAGCGGCAUCUCCACGGAUACAGGCCGUGAGCACGCCCUUCAACUGAGCAGCUUCAGUGGUAGUGGCGAACACAAGGCGCCCUCGAUAAGCUCUGGAGUGUCGCACGCUGUGGCCAAUGGACUAGGCGGAUUCGUUUACAAGCCACACCAGUCCAAGAGGUACUCCAACUCCUCUAUCUUUUUGGAGAACCGCGAUGUGCUGAGCGACCAGACCAGCAUAGAUCCGGAGACACCGAUGCAUCCUUAUGAUUACAGCACACCGCCAAAGAUCGACUACCGUCACUCGGGCAUGCUGAGUGACGAUCUGCCCAUCGGGUGCUGCACUGCCGACUGUCUGGGUGGCCCGCCGCCGAAGGAGGAGCUGCGCCGCUACUCGGAUCCGAAACUGAAGCCCGGGGAGGUGGACACCGUGCUGGACAUCGAUCUGCCCACAUCGCCGCUCUCACCGCCGGCCGCCUACGCCAGUCGGGAGUCCUAUUCCCAUCCACAUUCGCAGGCCAUUCAUCGUAGCUUUGACCGGGUGGAUGGAGUGACUAGCCGGCGGCCAUCGGAGGCGCAAGUGGACCGAUCUCGGCUCAGCUUUAAGUCGUUGCCAAAUCUCAGCAGCAGCUGCGAAAGUCUCCUCCAGAAGUAGUCCAGCUAUGGUGAUCUAAUCCGAAGCCCCAGCGCGCUCUCUAUCUCUCCUCCACGCUCCAUUCUCUCUAUCGAACUGCUCUCAGAAGUAUUCAACGCUGGUCGAAGGAUCAGACCCCCCGAUAUCCGGACUACAUAGAAAUGUGAACUAUUUUUUUAUACCGCACACCAAGGGGCUUCAAAAGCCAAGUCAGAUUGUGGCCAGCGGCCCAGUAUCUUAGUUAUCCUCUUUGUGUUUAACAAUUUAUGUAGCAAAGCCCAUAAACAAUUGAGACUGCAAUGAAAAAAAAAUAUGAAAACUUAAGGGAAAGCAAAAUAUUGUAAGGAUAUGCUGGGAUGGUAGGAAAAAAGGAAGGAUUCAUUCAGUAAAUUCUUAUAUCUAGAUAUAUAGUUGAUGUAUAAUUUGUCUGUAUCCAUGAUAUAUACUGCUAAAUAGCCAACCCAUCCAGCCCUAGAUCCACCCAUGUCCAUGUCCCCCAUCUCUUCUCCAAGCCAAAAACCAAACAGAGAAUGUAAUUAUUUAGUCCUCGAGUACGAUGAUGCAUUGUGUCCGUGUGUGUUUUGUUUCUUAACUUCUAAGUCAAAUGAAAUUUUAAAAAAUUGAUCUGUGAUUAAGCGUCAUUGAAUAUACAUACAUAACAUAACAUACAUGCGUGCAACAUACGUUGCAACCAUACAUGCAACAUAUUGACAGCAACAGUGCAGCAGAGUAGCAAAUGCCGUAAACAUUUUUACUUAAAAACCUAAAAACUAAAAACUAAAAAACCAACAACAGCAACAUGACAACCACUAAAAGCUUUUCGCGGUUAACAGGCGAAAACUCUCCGAGAAUUGAGAAUCUGAGAACUGAGCACUGAGACUCCCGCCCCUCCUCUAGCUCUCUAGUCUCGUAUUCUCGCCGGGAAAUAUUGAAUGAAGGCCGUUUUAGAUAUAGAAAUAGCAUAAAACAGUACAUACUUAUGAUCGCUAAAAGUUACGAGCAUAAAAACAAAUAAGAAACAAAAAGGACAACUAAAUUUUUUAUUAUGUAUUAAAUAUUUAAAUAAAUAUGUGCAAACAAUUUAUCACUAUGCAA